AUUCAUCCUACUCCCACAGGCAGCUGCAUGCUCCUUGGCACAGAUGAGGAUGGAUAAGAGGUCUCAGAGCUCUUCCAGGGAAUCUCAUAAGAGACGCAGAGAGUCUCCAGAGAGCAAACGAGAGAAGAGGACUAGCAGCAGAGAAGGCAGCAAAGGACAGGGAGACAGGAAGCCGGAGAAAGCAAAGGAGAUCAAGAGCACUGCAGGGACUGAUGGCAGGGUGCACACAUCCACAGUGGUGGACGUGGAUGAUGUGAUAUCUGAUGAAGAAAUGGAGGCAAUUGCAUUGCUGGACAGUGAGCAGCAAGAGGAAGGUGUAAAGUCUCCAGGUCUGGGCAUCUGUGAAUGGCUUCUCACCAUCUUUUCUUUCCUGUUCGUCAUAAUGACCUUCCCCAUUUCUGUCUGGUUCUGCAUGAAGGUAGUCCGGGAGUAUGAGAGAGCCAUCGUUUUCCGACUUGGGCGUCUCCUUCCUGGCAAAGCCAGAGGGCCUGGCCUUUUCUUUUACCUUCCCUGUCUGGACACGUAUCACAAAGUAGACCUGCGCCUCAAAACCCUAGAGAUCCCUUUCCAUCAGGUGGUGACCAAAGACAUGGUUACAUUGGAGAUAGAUGCUGUCUGCUACUACCGGUUGGAGAAUGCCUCUCUUCUCCUCACCACCCUGACCAGUAUCUCCAGUGCCAUCCAGCUACUGGUGCAGACUACCACAAAGCGGCUUCUGGCACAUCGAGCCUUCUCGGAGCUUCUCUUGGAGAGGAAAAGCAUCAGCCAGGAGAUAAAGGUGGCUUUGGAUGCGGUCACAGGCUGCUGGGGGAUCAAAAUGGAGAGAACAGAAAUCAACAGCGUGCAGCUGCCUGCUGAAGUCCGGCAGUCCCUGGCUGUGGAAGCGGAGGCCCAGAGACAGGCCAAAGCACGGGUGAUCGCUGCGGAGGGAGAAAAGGCUGCUUCCGAGUCCCUGCGGAUGGCAGCUGAGAUCCUAUCCAGUGCCCCGGCUGCUGCUCAGCUCCGUUAUCUCCAUGCGCUGCACUCCCUCACUGCAGAGAAACCUGCUGCUUUCAUCUUGCCUUUGCCUUUGGAUGCCAUGAACCUGGGCUCUGUGGCUCCGCACAGUCCCGCGGCCGUAAGCAGCCUCCCUGCAGACAUCACAAAGCUCCCAGAGAACCCGAAAGACAAGAAGGACUCACCCAUGCUCUAAGAGUCGUCCCAGAAAUGGAUCCCACGCUGUCUCUGGUCAGUUGGAGAGGAGCUGGGCUACUGGCAGCCACCGGCAGGAACUGGUCUGGAGGCAGGAGGGAAGGAAGCCCAGGCCUGUGAGAUAAAGUGGGUUGUGCAUGGAAGAAGCCAGUGCUUGUUUCGGAUAGGGAAAAAUAAAUAUACAUCAUAAGGAGCAGGGGCUGAGGGAACAUGGGUGUCGUCCCUUCCCCUUCACAGGGCCAGAUGCACCUUGACACCCUAGAGCCUGCUCCCUGGGCUCUGACCCAUCAAUCCAUCGCCUCCGCAGAAGGACAGAUGACCCGUCCCCAAACCGAGCAGCCGGGGGGGCAGGGG